UGGACCUUCAGAGAUGAUAAAUUUAAUCGGGAUCAAGAUGCAAAUAUGCGCUCUACGUAAUCAGUCAUCGUGUACACACGUACUCCACAUCAUGAACGACGAUCAGCCAGAAAAUCCUACUCCACUCAAAGAUGAAAAGGCAAGUGGUGAUCAUAAACAAGAGAGGAAACCCCCAGCUAAACAGGAAUUGAGAAAUGUUAUACAGGAAGAUCCAUCUUCAGAAAUUGAGGAUGAGUGGAGUGUCCAUGAUGAGACGUAUGAAACAAUCAGUGGAGAGGAAUCAGAUAUUGAGGACAAUGUAGAUCCCUACCCCGUCAGGCACCGGGAGGAGAACCCAGACCUCCCCGAAACCUGCAGCAUUCUAGAAACCAAAGAAGGCAGCAAAGUGUACCUGAUAGGAACAGCUCACUUCAGUGCUGAAAGUCUCAACGAUGUCAGCAAAGUCAUACAAGCUACUGAACCUGAUGUUGUUUCUGUGGAACUGUGCAUGGACCGCAUCAAAAUACUACAACUGGACGAAGAGACCGUGCUACGUGAAGCCAAAGACAUGAAUUUUCAGAAAAUUAAAGCCUCCAUUGCUCAGAAUGGUUUAGUCCAAGGACUGUUCAAUAUUAUGCUGUUGAAUAUCUCCGCUCGCUUAACCAAGGAACUGGGGAUGGCACCAGGAGGAGAAUUUAGACAGGCAUACAAGGAGGUGAGAGCUCUAAUUCUUUGGCUUAGAAGAAAAACGUAUCCUUGGGUAAAGGGGAGUUACAAGUUUGUUCAGAUUACGCUUCAGAGGGCAUUUGCACUACUCUCUCUAUGGCAGCUCAUCAAAUUCAUCUGGCAUGCAUGGAAUUUUGAUGAACCUAUCAGCAAAGAAGAUGUGGAGAAAUUUAAGGGUAAAGAUUUAUUAGAGCAGCUGCUGGCAGAGAUGACCACAGAAUUUCCGGGCCUUAGUCAAGUGGUCAUUGAAGAACGAGAUACGUUUCUUGCACACUCCCUCAAAAUGGCUGCCAAGCCAAUCAAAGCUCCAAAUGAACCUAAAGGUUACAUCCCCUCAGUGGUGGUAGGGGUAGUAGGAAUUGGUCAUGUGGCGGGCAUUAAGGCCAACUGGGAACAAGAGAAAUAUGACAUCAAUGAAAUCUUGGUGGUUCCAGAAGUGUCAAAGGUUAGGAAAUUAUUGAAGUAUGCUUUUCGGUUUUCCUUCUACGGAGUUCUGUGUUAUGGAUGCUAUAAACUCUAUAGGAUUACUGUGCCACUUCUCACAUGAAAUUUAUUGAAUCUCAAAUAUUCUAAGGAAAUUAACUAUUUAUUAUCCAACCAAAAAAGUCCAUCUUUCCAAUGAAUGGCUGGACUUUGGUGCUCCAUCCCAAACAUUCAUCUUCUGAAUGGCUGGACAUUUAUUCUUGUAUAGCAUCCUGGUAAAGGUGGUGUAAUUUAUCGAAAAUAUAAUCAGAGUUUAUCUUAAUUUAUUUUAUUUCGUAUAUCAAAAUACCUAUAUCAAGAUUUAUUGUUCUUAAAUUAUUUGGAAAACUUUUACAUGAAACACAGAACUGGAUAUGCCGGAUUUUUCACGUAAUUAUAUAUAUUGAGAGAGAGAGAUAUUUUUUCGCAAAUUUUGUAUUUGAUGUUUCUAGUCAUAAUUGGCAAAAUUAAGAUCGAUGUGUGUAAUUUAUAGAUCUUAAUGAUUGUGUAUAAAAACUAUUGCAAGGUUGUUUUUCAUUUCAUCUUACAUGUAUCUGUUGAUCAUAGUUUACUAAUAAUUUAUUUAAAAAGGUGUCUUUGACAAUUCAAUUUUUAUUAUUUCUAUGAAUGUGAAGUGUCUUUAUACACGGUAAUAAUAAAAAAUAAAUAUUAUAACUAGAACAAAGCUUCUUGAAAUGCAACAAGUAGGUCUUUUGAUAGAUGAGGGCAUUGAAAGUAGUGUGUUUAGAUUUUUGAUUCUAAUUAGAAUUUUAAAUAAAUGUCAAUUUGCUGGAACAAAAUUUAACCUGAAACCUCAUUUACAAAGCAUUUUAUACCAUUUUUUCAAUGAUUUUGGAGAGAAAAAAAAUCCUCUUAGUUGGAAACAUGGUGCUAAUUUCUAUUUUUGAUGUGAUAUUAAUUGCAUUUCACGUAAAAAAAAAUAUAAAUGUUAAUGUGAAGCUUGUUAAUAUGUACCUCUUCCCAAGAGAUUAAACAACUUUUUUAAAUUUUACUUAUUAAUUACUCUGUAAACAAUGCUGAUAACAAAGUCCUUGGAAUUGAUUAUUUAUCCUUUGCUAUUAACACAUGUUUUAUUUGUUUAGUUUACAGUUUACAAGACACUUUAAAGUCACAGGGAAUGAAAAGCUUUUUGAUCUAAGCAUCAAUACACUAUAAGUGUGUUCGCUAUAAGCAUAUUUUACAGAAGUCAGUUAGUUUACAAAUAUUUUCAUUUAAAUUUUUGCCAUGAAAACAUUUUUAUUUAAUCAGCAUGUAUAUGUUUGAUAUAUAUAUUAUUGUUAUAAACUUUAAAGUUUGUUUUACAUACAGGUAUAUUUAAGACUUUUAUAUGUCUAUAUAUAGAGGCACCAUAUACUAUUUUUGUUUGUUUUUGCUUUAUUUACUUUACUUUACUGCAUUAGUAUUUUUCUUGUUUCUCAGUUCUAAGGAUAAAAGAGCAAUGAACUUAUUUGAAUGUCACUGACAACAAAAAUGGUGAUUUAGAACUUUUUUCAGAAAAAAAAAUGUUAGCAUUUAUGUAUAUCCAAAUUCAAUCUUAAAUAUUAGCAAAGUUUUGAAAAUCUUCCUGAAAUCUCAAGGUUCAAGAAAUGGAUAAGCAGCUCCCUUUAUGAAGUCUAGUAUUGCCAAUUUGAAUACUGACUUUAUUUGAUAUUUGAAAGUGCUUAUUUUGAAUUGCUAUAAUCUUGCCCUGAAAUAUAUAUUUUUUAAAGAUUGCAUGGUUUAAGAUUUUCCAGAUGUGUGACCACUAUGCAGAUCAUAAAAAAAGUUUAAUUUGUAAUUGGUGGAUUUUAAUAAACCCAAAGAUAACAAAUUA